CCCAAAGCUCCCCACUUCCCUUAUUCUCCACUUCAUCACCCUCUCUCUCCUCUCUCUCUCUUUCUCUCUCUCUCUCAUCAAUGGCAACAAAACCGGCUGAAGAAGCUCUUGGAACCUUAAAAUACCAGACAUGGGUCUUGAAGGUCUCAAUCCACUGUGAAGGAUGCAAGAGGAAAGUCAAGAAAGUUCUUCAGAACAUCGAUGGGGUUUACACGACGGAUAUUGAUUCGCAGCAGCACAAAGUGACUGUGACCGGCAACGUGGAGGCGGAGACUCUACUGAAGAAGCUGCAGAAGUCAGGGAAGCACGCCGAGCUUUGGCCGGAAGUUAAGAAAUCGAAAAAGUCCGGGAAAUCAAAGAAUAGUAGUAAGAACAGUGAGAAGCAGCCCGCGGAUCAUAACCAUGAACAAGAUGGUAAACCGGAUAAAACCAACGGCGGUGAUGAUGCUGACGGCAGCGGUGAAUCCGACGCAGAGGGUGACGAAGGUAAUGAAGGUGGUGGAGAAAGCGGUGCUAGUCCUGCUGUUGGCGGUGGCGGCGGAAACACAGCAAGUACCGGGGCCAAAAAGAAGAAGAAAAAGAAGAAGAAGAAAGGGCAAAAUAGUAAUUCCACAAAUGGCGGCGGUGCCACUGCCAACCCCGGCGAGCACAAUAUUGGAGAUGCUCCGCCUCCUGCGGGCAGUAUUGGGCCGUAUAUGGCUGGUGGGCCAGACAUGACCCAACCUAUAGCCUCCAUGAAUCUUGGCCCACCAGUUCAGCAUGCGUACCCCGGCCCGUACCCAACAUCAAUGUACUAUCCGCCCCCAACGUACGGGCUAAGUUACAAUACGGCGUACCCUACCAGUACAAGUACCUCAUACUAUGCUCCUGAUCCCAUGCAUACUGCCACUUAUUCUCAUCCGGGCAUGUUCUCGUUUGCUCUGCCGUCCGAUUCUAUCAAUGACGAUGAUGAAGACACGUUCGUUGACGAUGAAGAUGAAAUUGGGUGCUACAUUAUGUGAAGAUUAUACGAGAGUCCGUAUGUAGAACUAGCGUAUAUAUACUAGUAUAUAUGGUGUGUACUUGGGGGAGGGAGGGAGGAUAAAUUUUGAUGUACUUAUAAGGUGUGUUUGUUUGCCUUCACUAAGUUUUACGGGAUUGGACCGACUAGAUUAAGAAUUAAUAUAGUCCAGUUCGAAAUAAUCCAAUGCAACAAAACACCGAUAGUUCUAAAAUGUAAAAGCAGGGGAAAAUAAAAGGGGUUGUAGUGGGGUGUAUUAUGUAGAUUAGCUUUCUUACUAAGUAUGGGUUUGCUUGCGUAAGAAGGCCAAUGGCUUUGUAAUGUUUGGUUAUUUGUAGGACCUAAAUCUUUCUUUUCCUCCCAGCCUGAUGUGUAAAGUAAUGAGAAGCCUUUUAAAAUUAUAGUUAGGGUUUGGGCGA